AUUGGCCCACUUCCAUCACGUGACUCUCCCCACCGACUGGAGAGCGAUCUGGUGAGUGGGGAUGGCGAGGAUCAGCGAGGUUUUGCCCAGUCGCCCGUUUCCGUCUUCCCAGCGCCUGUUAGCCAUUGUCGUCUCUGUACCGGGUUUUCAGGGUUUGAUUGGGCACAAGAGCGAACGUCGUGACUUCGGUAUUUAAAGUCGAAAGAAUAUUGUCCGGGUGGAUUUUUUACGACGAAGGGGUGAACUCAACAGCUGUACAAUCAUGUUUGGCAACGGAUAUUCCAAUCAAACUUCUUACAGACCCCGGCAAAACAGGGAAUAUGGCAACAGGGGCGUGGGUGGGACGUACUGGAACAGCCAGCAACACCACCAACAAAAUCAUCAGCCGAGCCCCCAGUCCCAGAACACCUACAACAUGAAGAAAAAUCCGAAUCAGAAGAAGUGCCCCGGUGAUACACUAAAGAAGCCCUCCUGGGACAUGGGUACUCUUCCCCAAAUAACGAAAAAUCUGUACGUGCCCCAUGCCAACAUUCGAAGUCGCACUCCAGACGAAGUGACGCAGUACCACAUCGGUAAGGAGAUCACAGUCAAGGGGAACAACACUCCCUACCCCAUUCAAGCUUUUGAAGAAAGUAAUUUCCCGGAUUACGUGAUGCAAGAGAUUCACAAGCAGGGAUUCCAGGAGCCAACAGCAAUUCAAGCUCAAGGUUGGCCCAUAGCCCUGAGUGGCCGGGACAUGGUGGGUAUCGCUCAGACAGGCUCCGGAAAGACUCUAGCCUACAUCCUCCCAGCAACUGUUCACAUAAACCACCAACCCCGCCUGACUCGUGGUGAGGGUCCAAUCGUUCUGGUCUUGGCCCCCACUCGAGAGCUUGCCCAGCAAAUUCAAAGUGUAGCACGUGAUUUUGGUACAACCUCUCACAUUCGCAACACCUGCAUCUUCGGCGGUUCCCCAAAAGGUCCCCAAGCACGUGAUCUCGAACGCGGAGUCGAGAUCUGCAUCGCAACACCAGGAAGGUUAAUCGAUUUCCUCGAGAAAGGGACGACAAACUUGCGCAGAUGUACUUAUUUGGUAUUGGACGAGGCAGAUCGCAUGCUAGAUAUGGGUUUUGAGCCCCAAAUAAGAAAGAUAAUCGAGCAAAUUCGCCCAGAUCGUCAAGUCCUCAUGUGGUCAGCAACAUGGCCAAAAGAAGUGCAGGCACUUGCCGAGGAUUUCCUCAACGAUUACAUCCAGAUAAACAUUGGAUCCCUCACUCUUGCUGCCAAUCACAACAUUCGUCAGAUUGUCGAGAUCUGCCAGGAGCACGAGAAGGAGUCCAAAUUGGCUGGUUUGCUCCGUGAGAUUGGUUGUGAACGGGGCAACAAGACUAUCAUAUUCGUCGAGACCAAGAAGAAGGUGGAUGACAUAACGAAGGCGAUAAAACGCGAGGGAUGGUCGGCCAUCGCUAUUCACGGUGACAAAUCUCAGCCUGAGCGUGAUUUUGUUUUGUCUGAAUUUAGAAAUGGAAAGACAUCGAUUCUCGUUGCAACUGAUGUGGCAGCCCGUGGCCUGGAUGUUGAGGAUGUUAAAUACGUCGUUAACUUCGAUUAUCCCAACAGCUCAGAGGACUACAUCCACAGGAUUGGAAGGACUGGGCGUUGCCAGGCGGCUGGUACGGCUUAUGCCUAUUUUACACCGAACAAUGCACGUCAAGCUAAGGAACUGAUUUCUGUUCUCGAAGAGGCUGGUCAGGUUAUCAACCCUCAGUUGGCUGAUUUGGCAAAUUCUCAGAGGGGCAACUUCGGCAAAGGACGUCAACGCUGGAACACAGCUCGUCCCUCCAAUAAGGAAAACAGCGCGAGUCCAAGAAGCAAUUCAAGUCCAACUGGCAAUACAUGGCAUAAUAAUCACGGCAAUAAUUAUCCGCAUCAUCAGCAAAAUGGACAAGAUAGACAGAUGAUGCCCAGACAGCAUGGCUAUGUACCGAGGAAUGUUCAAGGAUAUCAGAACAAUUAUCAGGGACGACAAAAUAGUGGAUACCAUCAGAAUGGCUAUCAAAAUGGAAACAACUCCAAUUAUCAGGGCAACCAGGGACAGCAGAGGUACCCAAAUCGUCCCAAUGGAUAUCAGGGAAGUCGUAUGAACUCAGCACCUAGGCAGAAUGGAUAUCCAACGCCUGGCAAUCAGAAUGGACAGGGGCUUUACUCAAUGCCACCACCGUUUAUCAUGCCCUCUGGUGGGCAUGCUGAUUCUGGAAUUCAGAGUAUUGUUAACAACAAAUUCUUCCAGACUAACAGACCACCACCAACUGCCAAUGCAUGUGCUUAUCAGUCCAUGAGCUAUGGACAAUUCCAGGCUGUUCCACCUUAUGGAUAUCCUUAUCCACCAACACCUGUUCAACAGUGAGAUCAUCUUGAUGUCGAGGUAAAUUAAUAAUGAAUCCGGGUUCUGGGUCUUUUUUUUUCGUUCUCCGAUGGGGAGAUUAAAUUUCAAGGUAUUGAUAUCGUAUAUGUGUAAUCGUAUUAACAAAUUUCACGUUAAAAAAUAUUAUUCGUGGAAAUUGAAGAAUUUUUUUUUUCAAUCUUCGUUAGUGGAUUGAUGUAAUAACUCCACAUUUUUUUUUUUUGUUUCGUCCAGUAAUUCGUAGGAAUUAUCAGUUAAUUUUAUUUUUCAUCGUUAUUCUGGUUCAAUUUUUCUUUUUGCUAUUUUAUCUGGAAUGAUGCGAGAUAUUGGCGAAAUUUAUCAUCGAUUUUCUUAGGUUAGAUGAUGGUAAAUUGCACAGAAUAUUUCUCGAGUACAAUUUCAUGAUUAAUUCUGCUGGAGAGGGUUUCAUAAAUGAGGGGGAAAAGUGAUCAAUAAUGCGCCAAUAAUUUGAGGCACAUUCCAGUCGAGUCUUUAACUUAGAUAAUAGCUCGAUGAAAAUAGCAAGUGGUAUAAUGAAGCAUAUAUUGAUAAUUGAAAAUGAUAAAACACGAGAAGAUAAAAUAAUUAUCAAUUUAAAUAUGGCCACGAGUAUAAUUGUAAUGUUGGUCAGAUUAAAAAAAACAACAAUUUACAUUUAAUGCUAAUUGAAUAGUAAUCUCUUUGCAAAAUAAUCAUUAUGUACAACUAUCUGUAUGCUUUUCUGAAAUGCACGAAACGUAUAGAAGGGGGGUGGGUUAGGAUAAUUCAUAAUUUAUAAUUUAAUUUAAAGGGAAAAUGAGAAAACAAAUUUAAGAAAGAAUAAUUGAUGGAGAAGACACAUUUUGCGUGGAUAAAGGGAAAAAAACACUGCUAAAGAUGCUCUACGAAAGAAGUAGGCAAUUUAAAAAAUUAAAUUAAAAAAAAACGUUAAGGCCUUUUGCAUAAAAAAGUAAGUAAAGAGCCCAUUGCGCCCAAAGAUGUCAAAACAGAAUUUAAAAUCCAAGCCAAACAGUUGGAAAAAAAUUUGUUGGUUAAUUGCGACGAGACUGGAUGUGUCUCGAUAAUUACCAAAAUAAACGAAAAAAAGAACCAUGAAAUGACUAAUUAAAAUUUCAAUAAAUGGGUUUCAAAUGGGCGCAUAGUCCGCAUGGCUGUGCAAACUAAUAGCAAAGCUCGGUACCUUAUUUUUGUAUGAAGUUAAAAUGAUAAAAAAAAAGUUGUCACAAGGUGAAGAAACUAAAAUAAUUUGUUGUUAGACCAACAAAUUGCGAAAAAAAUAAUAAAAAAAAACAUGAAAAUGUUAUAUUUUAUGCAACUGGCCACCGGGUGGCCCUCACAAAAUGCAGGCACGUGCAUCGAGUGGGCCGUAAAUAUUUAAUAUUAAUGAUGAAAAACAAAUCUAAAGUCCCCUAAUUGUACCUGUUUUUAGUUCUCCUUCUUUCUCAAAUUCGUCUAAAUUAAUCUAUAAUCUCAUCCCAUAAUACUUUAUUCUCUUUCAUUCGUGUGAUAGUUUACUCGAGUACAACUCCUAGGUUGUCAAUGUUUAUUUUCAUUUUUAAUGUGCUAUCGUUAGAAACGAACCGAUAGGAGGAGAAAUGUGAAGAUUAUUGUCCAAUCCGUGUUUAACCAUGAAACUAGGCCUUUCGGCGCAAUCUAUGAAAAUAAAUAAUCCGGCACUGAGAAAACAUUUUUUUUCCCAGAUAUUUAUUGAGUUUCGAUAACUAUUGAUUUCAUUCUGGCAAUUAUUUUGUUCUAGAAAAUGAUCUCAUUAGCUAUGUUUUUGAUUGACUUCACUCAGUAAUUAUAAACAUUGCAAAGUUCAUUGUAACUUUUUCCUUUAGAAAAGAAAAUUGGAAAAAAGUGGUUAAUGUUUAUGUGAGGAACUCAUUAGAGCUUGUCUCAAUAUCGUCAUUCUCCAGAGCAGUAUUUGUUGCCCUAAUGGGAAUCUGGUCACGUAUCCAGGCAUGGCCCGAUUGGAAAAUAUUCAAAAAUACUCCUAUCGAAUAGAUAAAUAUUUGAAAUUAAUGAUAUUUUUUCUCAGUGCGCAUUUUAUGUUUUUUUUUCCCAGUCUCAAACGACUCGUGUUAGUAAUGGGCAGUUUUUUUCACAGAUCUUUUUUUUUUCUCAUUUGAGGUACAGAAAGAUUAGCUGUUUUGGCUAUUGAGCGGCCGGGCGCUGCGCUUUAAUUUAAUAUUUAAUAACAAAUGAGAGAGAAGAGGGAAAAAAAAUACAACCACAAAAUAAAUGAUAACAAAUGCCUUAUCAUAACGAGGAUCUCCGAGACCAACUGUAUUAACUAAUGUUUUUUUUUGCAUGUGUAUAUUUUCUGCGGUCCUCCACAAUCCACGUCUCACGUCUGAUCGAGCUUCUCUAUUUCAAAAUAAAUUGAAUUUAAAAAUUUGACAAAACAGUAAUUAUAACGUAUUAAUUAAAAUCAAUGGAAAACGCACACGUUUUAAUCUCAGGUAAAAAAAAUGUGAGAACAGAUAACACCGGAAAUGAUUUUCUAAUUUUGUCACCUAAUGGUUAAUCAUUAAUUUUUUCGCGCGAAGUUCAAUCGACGGACGAUGAGAAUUUUUUCAUUGAUUAUUAUUAUUAUUUUAAUUUCACUGAAUAAUGAUGAAAAACACGUUCAGGAGAGUGUGAAGGAGAGUGGAAACUGAGGGUUUGAGGAAAGCUGGAGGCUCCCGUACAUUAGCGUAUGCCUUUCGUCGUCUUAAUUAACUUUAAUUAAUUAAUAACAACGGAGGGUAAACGCGUAGUUCUGUGAUAUGUAAAAUGUAGCGCAUAGAAAAAAAACACUGAGAGAUAACUACAAUAAAAGAAGAAAAACGAAGUUGGAGAAAAAUAAGAAAUUUUAAAUUCUAGUGCGCGACAUUGGAUUUAAAAAUAGGGGGAAAAGUGGGAAAAAAAACUUAUCUCGCCUCAUUUUUAUAUAUGUGGUAUACCAUAUCAUGUUUAAAACAAAAUAAAGAGUCGAUGAAUUGUGCUCCAUCGUACAUGGGACUUGAAAAAAAAAUUAAUAAAUAAAAAGCCAUUAAAUAAACAAGCAUUAAUAAAUUGAAAUGAGAGAACGGCAGUUUUGUGAGUCUCCCAACUGAUUGGUCCAAUUGAGGAAAAAAAAUAUGAAGGGGAUUUUUUAUGGUUGAAUUAUUCAAAUGAAUCAAUUAAUUUACAAUGAAAAUAAUUAAAUGAAUGAAAUAAAUAAAAUGUAGUGGACAAAAAAUUAUGAAUAAACGGGGCAACGACGAGAUCUCUGCUAACUGAUACUCUUUACUGUGAAAAUAAAAAAAACUAAAACUCCGACUGUUAGGUAGAUAUUGUUAGGACAUAGUUGAAUUAUUUUUUUGAGAAAAUGAAAAAAUAAUGUGAAAAACUUAUUGAAUACAGUGAUUGAUGAGAGAAAUGGCAUUUGUUAGAUGCUAAUUGCCAAUUUAUUAGGGCUUUUCAACUCUAACAAAUUCACAUCAGACACUACUUUCAUCUCCAAGGACACACAACGCACAUUUGAACAAAAUAGAAAGCAGGAGAAAUUUAAUUAAUGGAGUAAACGAAUUUUUUAAUGUGAAAAUUAGAAAUGAAUAAAACGUGUCGCCAAUUGAUGAGAAAGAUAGGCGUGCUUUUUAUCAAUCGAGAAUUGCCAUUUAUGUAAAUAAAUAACGUAUAUAUACAUAAACAAUAUUAUCAAUAGGGAGUUUUGUUGAAGAGUGUUUAAAUGCCAAUGCAUAUUUUCCUUUUUAAUCACGAGAAUCAAAAGAUUGAAAAUUCCCCAGAGAAUUAGGAAAAUGUGACCAACAGUUUUAUUUUUCAAUUUACUUAAUUGUCUCGUGAAUGACUAGGUUUAGGGGAAAAUUUCAUAUGCCAGUUUGUUCUGAAUAUUAAUAGCUCUACAAAAAGUAUCUUGCGACAUUAUUUACUAACGUUAACAGUUUUCGAGACAAUUACAGAAUUAAUAAAUAUUUCUCUUUUCUGUGGAAUUAAAAGCUCGAAAUACUUUCACUCUUAUUCUGUCUCAGAUUAAAACAUUUUCUUUUAUUCUCAUCAUUGAAUUGCACCCUCCUGAAAUCACAAAAAAAACGUCGUCACGCCACUCAGAAAUAAUUAAAAGCGGUAUUCAAAUGAGUUAGGAGAGAAAGAAAAACAUUUUUUUUAGAUUAAUUAAAACAAAAUGUCUAAAAACGAGGUAAAAUGAACUUCUAGUACCUUGAUUAUAACUGAGCGCUGUGAUAUUGCGUACUAAAACGUGUCUUUUUUUUUCUUUUUCUUAUUCAUUGUAAAUCGUCAAUGUGCAUACAGUAAAUGUUAAAACAAUCUCCUUUUUAUACAAGACUGAUCUUUCGCCAAUUUAUACAGGAGUACGAGAAAAAAAAAUAAUGAAAGAAUAAACGUUUCAUGUGUAUUUGGAAUUUUUGUCGGAUCAAACCGAGGGAAAAACAAACGUUUAUUUAUUUCGUAAUGCGUUAAAAUGUCGAUAAAACGAUAAUAACACAUUUUGUAUAUUCAUUGAUUGUGCUGAAAGAUAUAUUUUAUAUUGAAUCGUACUAAAAUGCCGUCCAAUGAGUGGGAACGGCUAAUUCCCAGUUGCGUUAAUUCGGUAUUUAUUUUUCUUUCAUUAAAUCAUUAUAAAAUCGGAGUAAAACGGGAAAACUUCAAUUUGCACACUCUGUUAAAUUAAAUUAACGAGAACCUCCUAAGAACGAGUGGAUUUAGAGAAACAUGUGGUUAGAAAUUUUUUCAUGUGAAAUUUAAUCCUUAAAAAAAAUAUCUUCUCACGUUUUCUGCUAAAACCACUCGUUGCCGGAGUAAAUCGACAAAUAAUGAAAAUUCCAAAAUUGACUUUCUACGUUUUCCAGUAUUUUUCAAAUAGAGUGAUGUGAAAAUUUUGGAAAAAAAAUAAAUAAACGUGAUAGUUUAGUGUGAUGAACACCUACCUUUCUCGAGAAUGUGACACGCCAGCUAAUUGUUAAUAAACAAUUAAGAUUAUAAUUAGUAGAAAUGUUGAUCAAGAGGCGUUUUACACAUUUCAUUAAUUCAGAUACACGAUUUUUUUGACAACGCAUUUAUUGACGAAAAAAAUAACCUAGAGUCUAGUCAAAAUCAUAAAUACGGACUGCUUUAUCACUGACACGGGGUAGACGAAUCAGAAGUGACUGUUCGUUUAUCAAGGGGAAGAGAAUAAUCUUCUUACACAGUGAUAUCGUAGGAAAAAUAAUGGGAGAAAAUAUAAUUGGGCGAAGUUAGCAGGCUUGUAUAAGUUUUAUAUUUGAUACACUAGUUUGUAAUGUUAACUGAAUCUAUUGAAAAGUGAAAAACAUAUUGAUGAAAAAAUAAGAGAGUACCAAGAAGCCGUUCCCUGGUCGUUAGCCGAGUGUUUAUUCCAAUUGAAUAGUUUUUACAGUUGAUAUGAGAAAAUAAUUAACAUUUAAAAAAUGGGGAUAAAGUGGGUGGGGAGGGGGGGGAGGGGUGGAGUUAAUGAAAAUUAAUGAAACAUAGAAAAAAAUCGUAUUUAUUUUCUGACCAUGACAUUAUUUGGGAGAAUUUAAUUAAAAUGAUUAAUAACAGUGAUAGUAAAUAUCAUGCUGCUCCAAUAUUUCACUCGAGAAAUGAUGAAAAAUAAAUGAUCAGUAAUUAAAGUUAAUAGAAAGUCCUGAAAAAUGUGAUGGAGGAGCAACCCCUUAAGUAGUCUCGUUAACGCCUUCUGUCUUGAAAAAAGUUUUUUAAUUUUUUUUUUUGUUCGAGGUAAAAAGACAGCAGAAAAAUUUAUGUAUGAUUAAAUGAAAUAAAAGGGAGACAAACUCGUUAAUUACGACAAGGCCCCAGGAAUGUGAAGAGGAAUAAUGUUUAAUUGAUGAUAAAUAUGGUGAAUAAUUACUUGAUUUAAACAUGGAGGAAAAUUUUUAUGUGAAUAUGUAACUGGAAAUAAGUAAUUUUCAAAAUGGGUAAAUUACUGCUCUACAUUCAGAUUCUCUUCUGUAGGUUUCACUAAAGUGCAUUUCUUGUAUGUUAUACAGUAUUAUGAAUAGAGAAUAAAAUAAAGAAAAAUCAUAUUGCACCUUUA